UUAAACCCUGAUCCUGCAAAAGGACCUGCACGGAUGGGUCUUUCCAAGAUGGAGCCCCAGUUUGUAGCAUGAUGCACAGAAACCUGAGUUGGCUCUACAAUAAAGUUGUUCCUGACAGGAACCCCCUUUAUACAAACACUGCUCUGCAAGAGAAUUGCUGGAGGAAGCUAAUUGCAAACUACAGCUCAGGCAAAUUCCAUGGGGACGGUGCCUGAUCCUGUGAGGUCUGCCAAACUUUUGUUGGUUGCUGCUUCUGAUGAGAAAGAUGGCCUGGGAGAUCUGCAAUCCAGUACGUACCAGCACAAACAAACAAGCAUAGAGAGGAGCACUAAUGGCAUUUCUUACACCACAGCUGAACCUACUGGAGUUUGCUUAUUUGAUCUGAACUGUACUGUAGUUUCCGACAUUCAAAGGGGUGAGCAACUCUGGGGGGAUGACACUAGCCAGCCAGACAUGUUUUUGCCUGGGUCCUUCAGCCAACCUGAAGAAGUGUCUCCUGCAUAUACUGAGUCAGCCAGUAACUCAGAGCAAAAAGGCAACAGUGACUCCCCAGAGCAAGCACGGAUUUUAGCAAGAACCCGUGCAGCUGGGCAUGCAACAGAUAUGCUGCCAGCUACCCACAAUACCAACCAGCUUAUGCAAAGUGACCCAUCAAGAUCACUGGCACAAGCUGAUGACUGUGCAAUGAAGGUCUGUGGAAUGAAUGAUACAGCAGAACUUCAGGAGUUAAACUAUUCUUCCCCAGGCAACGCUAUCAAGAGCUGUGAGUCCAGUCACCAUUCUUCUCAGGCAAAUACCCUGCAAAGAAUACAAAUGAAAAAAGAAACAGUGGUGGAAAUAACUGACCCGGGCUUCUCUCUGGCAGUCACUCCAGUGAGGGACUUUGAUCUGAGGAUCAGGCCACAAGUUAAUUCAGAAGCAGAGAUAAGAGCUGCAAAUGAUGUGCAUUCCUGUCCCGCUUUUAGGACUGCACUUGAACAGGGGAAUGAGGCUUUACCACAGUCUGGCUUUAAGGGAUCGCAGCCAGCAUGCCAGCCAGAGAUGGAGAAAACAGAGCCAAUGCUGCUCCAGCUUUCCAGGUUCAGAGACACAGGUACGAUGACAGUUCAGCCUGAAGGCACAGUUCAAGAGGCAGUAAACAGGACAUGGUGUGAUGCUGAGGUGCAAGCAGUGGCCAGUAUGGAGAGCAAGUCAGCUUCCACCAGCCCAAGUAUGUUUGCUGCAUUUCUGCGGGGAAAUCCUCCUCCAGAGGCAGAAGAGCAAUUGCACAUCAUUUAUCAGAGUAGUGAUGGGCUGACUCAAUCAGAACUUGUUGGUGACUUUGCAUCACUCAAAAAGCCAGCCUGGUGUCCUGGUAUCAUGUCAGAAGCGUCUGUCCCAGCAGCUGUCACAGAUACAGUGAAAGCUCAGCCUGCCAAACUGCAAAAGCAUCAAGAAGAUCCACCUGACACCCUGUGUCCUCUGCUGUCAGGUAACACAGCACUUGCCUGUCCAUGCCCACAAAGGGUCAGGAACACCCAAGAAAUAUUUGCUGAUAAGGCAGAAACACGGGCAGUCUGCUUGACCAGAGAUAGAGCUGACAUUCCUCAGCUGUCAUCAGAUGCUGCAAUCUUACUGAAGGCAAAACCUGUUUACCAGAUUAUGGUUAACACCAGUAAUCAGCCUGCCGCACCUCAGCAGGCUAGAGAGGGUGAGCCGCACCCAUCUCUAUUUGCAGCCAUCCCUGAAGCCAGCAACAAUUUUCCACACCGUGUCAGUGAUUCAGAAAGUAAGCAGUCAUCCGGGCAUGUCUCCCUUGGGACUGAGCAGGCAGAGACCCUGUGCAGCACAGCCGGUGGCGACACUGAUAGAAAGCACUCGCAGUUCCAGAGUGCUGAUGAAAUGCAAUCCAGUCCCGUUAAUGUCAAAACAGAAAUAAAGCCAAAGGAGGAGGAAAAGCUAUUGUUGUUUGAUGCUAAAGUUGGGGCAAACACCCCUACUGGAGCUGCUGCAGGCUCUGUGAAGGUAUAUGCACCAGACACAGUUCAAACAGAGCAGGGUAAAGUACUAGAAGAAAGUAAUCAGCCAAAGAAGUCCAGCAGCUUGUGUCUGCAAGCAGGACUGACAUCUGAGUUGAAUGUGAAUUCUACCCAUGACGCCCAUAUACUGGUGACACCAACAGUUCCACUGCACCAAGACAGCAAGGCCAGUGAAAUCAGGAAGGAACCAACAGUUUGUUCUACCUCUGCUCCACCAUUGCCACAUGUUGGGGAAAAGAAGAAAAAGCCCACAAUAGCCACAGAGACAAAAGUGCACGUGCAGCAAUCCAAGUACGUCAGAGAUGUUGUAUGGGAUGAACAAGGCAUGACAUGGGAGGUAUAUGGUGCUUCCUUAGACCCAGAGUCACUGGGGAUUGCGAUCCAAAAUCACUUACAAAGACAAAUACGAGAACAUGAGAAACUGAUCAGGGCACAAAGCACGCAGACCCGGAAAUCAAUUUCCUCAGAUACAUCUUCAAAUAAGAAACUUAAAGGGAGGCAGCAUAAUGUGUUUCAAUCCAUUCUGCAGAACUUUAGGCGACCUAACUGCUGUGUCCGACCUGCUCCUUCUUCUGUGUUAGACUGAUAGGGGUUUGUGUGUCUACAGGUACCUCCCCUUCCCCAAGGCGGAAAUAAACCCCACCGCACAGUUGUAUUAUCUGGGAUUAUGAUGUGGUGAUUGUGGAAAUUCUUACCUGAAGUUUUCAGAGUAGUCACUACUAGUGAAGGCAUCACCCCUUUGUUAUUUCCAUAGUAGACUCUUACCCAAUCUACUGUCAAUUAAAAAGCUAGGCACUUAGCAAAAGCACAAUUUUAAAUUGUCAAUUUACUGCAGCGAGAAUGGGAUCUCCUGUAGCAGAAAGAAUAGUGUAAGUGUUUGUGAACAUUUUCCAAAAGUAGUUUAGGUGCUCAGCUCCCCUUCGAAAUGUAACAAGAUUUGGUUUCCUAGCACCAUUAGGCUUGUUAGGAAAUCCCAGCAUUCAUUAAUGAAAAAUAUAACUGUUGAUGAGGAGAAUUGCUAGUUCUAGCCAUUAAAAUUCAGAAGUAGAGAAGUAAUGAUGGGGAAUACAGGCAGUCCCCGGGUUAUGUA